UUGUCAAUUUCUUGGCAUUUCUCGGUAGAGCUCGUCCUCGUUCCCAGAUACUUCUUUGCAUUGUUCGGUGUUCCUCCUUAUAAUAAUACAAUUUCUAACCUAUGAAUUAAAUUCACAAAACAGUCAUAGUAUAAUUCAUAAGCUUAUCAUAAUAGUGAAAAUCAAACUGUUCUAUUAAGUUGUUGAUAAGGAAGGCAGAAAACUCAACAUAGUAAAUGAUAAUUAAAAACCAUCAAUAUGAGACCCAGAGAAGUUGAAAAAGUGUCUACAAGAGCCAGAUUUAAUUCAUUUAGUGCCAUAAAUGAGAAGGAAGUUGAUGAUAUCACACUGGAAUUUUUCUAUAAGCCCCACACCAUAACACUACUAUUGACUUCUAUAGGAGCUGUGGUCUUUUUUGCUUUUGUCAGAGAUACUGAAGAUGUAGAAAAGAACAUUUGGUCUGGUUUGCUAUGCUGCUGCUUCUUUUUCCUCAUAAUAUCAAUUUUGGCGUUCCCCAAUGGACCUUUUACCAGACCUCACCCUGCCAUAUGGAGGAUAGUAUUCGGAAUGAGUGUCUUGUAUCUUUUAGGAUGUCUUUUCGUACUCUUUCAAAACACUGAAACUGUUAGAAAAAUUUUGUAUUGGGUGGAUCCAAAAUUAAAGGAAUUUCAUAUCGAUUUAGAUAAAGAGUAUGGAGUUAACUGUUCAGAUAUAACCAUAGAAAGAAUAUGGAGUCAUGUGGAUGUUUUUGCUGUGGGUCAUUUUUUGGGAUGGAUGUUUAAAGCUAUUUUGAUUAGACAUAUGGGAAUUCUUUGGGCCACCAGUAUAAUGUGGGAAAUAACGGAACUAGCAUUCGCCCACCUUCUCCCAAACUUUAUAGAGUGUUGGUGGGACGCUCUAAUACUGGACGUUCUUCUUUGCAACGGAUUCGGAAUCUGGUGCGGCUUAAGAAUUUGUCGCAUUUUAGAAAUGAGGGAGUAUAAAUGGGAGAGUAUCAAAGACAUACAUUCUACUACAGGUAAAAUAAAACGUGCUUUCUUACAAUUUACACCUGAGAGUUGGACCUCGGUAAGAUGGCUGGAUCCUAAAUGUUCCUAUAUGAGGGUAUUUGCCUUUUGCGAACUCGUUUUAUUUUGGCAACUGUCAGAGUUGAACACGUUCUUUUUAAAGCACGUCUUUGAUCUCCCUACGGCCCACUAUCUGGUUUCCGCGAGACUUAUCUUGAUUGGCUUGUUUGUCGCUCCAUCUGUUCGUCAGUUUUAUUGUUAUGUUACAGACACAACUUGCAAACGAGUGGGAACUCAAUGCUGGGUUUACGGAUUUAUUAUGGUAACAGAAUCUUUAAUAUGUAUUAAACACGGAACUGAGUUAUUCAAGCAGACUCAUCCCAUGAACAUUGUCAUUUGGUUGAUUAUUCAGUUUCUACUUUCGGUCAUUUUUGUGAUGGGUUACGCUUAUUAUCAUAAAACUUAUCCAGCCACAAAUAAGGGAAAGAUACAUUAAGUACUACAAAUAUGAUUUCCGAGACCUGAGUUUAAUUUAUUUGAGGUUCUCGACUCAUAUUUUGGCUGUGAUUAUUAUAAUACCAAUGAUUGAGUGCUUAUAGGGGUUUAGUUUGUAUAAAGCACGUUCUGGCCUUUGAUAUUAAUUCGCGGUAAUAUUUAAGUUUAUGCGAAGUCAAGUUUAGUUUAAGUUAACCAAAGCAGUCUAGUAUUUUAAAAUAGGGUUGAAAAAGGAUCAGAUUUAUCAAAAAGUAAUGAGAGAAUAAAUCAAUUAAAUUAUUUUUGAUGACCUGACGAUAUUCAAAAAAUAUAUUGCAACAUUUAAUAAUUGUUUAAGUAUCAUUUAAAAUAAUAAUAUUAUUUAUUUGUUUACACUAUAGUUCAUUUCUACUCUACAAUAAUUGUAAUGUGAUUUUUAAAUGUGUUAAACAGCUCCAUCUGUAUUUGCGGCUCUUGUACACGGCCUAUUCAGUGUGCCAGUCUGUCUAUAUAGGAUUUAAAUGAAGAGCUUGACCUUAUUGUUGAUAGAUGGCUCCAGUUGAUUCUCAGGCAACGUAUAUUAUAGUAAAGUAAGGUUUAUUCAUGGUUACAAAAAAAAAACUUACAUUGUCAAUAAAAUGGUACAGUCUAAAACAUCUUAAACGUAUACCAUUUUAAAAUAGACAUUCAAAAAAAAACAUAUACUUGGGAGGCUUUAAUAAGUAUAUUAUAUGCUACUAGGUAGGCUGUCACAAUUUAACCUGUAAUUCGCAGUUAUAAAAAGCGUAUGAAUGUAUUUCGUUUAAAAGUUUAUUAAAAAAGCUUAAGACAUAACAUAUAAUAGUCGGGAUACGGGAUUAUAGAUAAACUGAAAGCCAAUUUUUCCAUGAUCCCAAUUUGAUCUUAUUUUAAGAUAUUUACGUAUUUAGUUCCUGUCAUGACAAAAAUUUAGAUAAUACUACCGAUAAAUUCCAUAAAAAAGUAUACCAGGUUGGCCUUCAAUGGUUGUUUGUUCAUAUACUAUUAAAAAAAAAAACUUCAUCUAGAAUUAUUAUUUAGUAGUAGUAAAAAUAAGAUAGCUCCAUUCAAUAAAUUUCUUUGGAUGAGGAUUAUACCUAUAAUUUAUAAUACGUAUAUCUUUGCUGUUUUAAUUAAUUAAAUUUUAUAGGGUUAAACAAAACACCCAAUCCUGGUUUUCUAGUCUAAUAGAAUAAAAAGUUAAUAUAUUUAGACAGUCAUCACACAAUCAAUUAAUCAAGGAUACUUUGACUGACGCUCAUUGAUUAAAAAACACUCAUUCAUCAUGAUGAUCUGUAUUUGUACUCGAAGUUUUAUAUAAUUAUUGAAACGCUCGUCUAAAAUCGAUUCGUGCCAUAAUCUUAAUGUAAAUAAAAAAUAUCUAAAUGUAAUUAUGCAGAUAUUGUUUAAAAAAAUAAAUGAUUGUUAUAUAA